AUAAAGUUAAGAAAAGAGAUGUCAUUGUUAAAUGCAUGUACAUGUAUUUUGUCAUUAGUGUUUCUUUUAGUAGCACACAUUGGAGAAUGCAAGAGUGCAUUAAGCACGGAGAUGUAGAUGGUGAACUCAAGGGGUUUGAUUUAGAUCUUUCCAAUGCAGUAUGCAGAGUAGCUGGAAAGAAAUGCACGUAUAUCUAUCGCAUAUGCAACUCAAAUUCUGCAGAUGGGAAAUUCCUACCUGGAAAAGCUCUGGAAACAGGAGAGGUCGACGGAUGUCUUGGUAACGUAAUCACUCCAGAGAGGGAAGAGGUAUUUGACUUCAGUCGUGCGUAUUUCAAGACUUCAUCCAAUUUCUUUGUACCGCCUGGAAACCCAAGAGGAUUUUCACCUGAGAAUAUCGAAGGCAAACGAAUUGUAUUUUUCAAUGCCACAUACACAAAUAUGGACUGUCUAAAGAGGCUUGGCCUAAAUGGAGCAGUCCCAUUGGUCGAAUCUGGCUCAUUGAGUGACGUCAAAACUAAGGUUCUAGAAGGAAAUGCCGAUGCCCUAUUUGCGCCAAGGACCACCAUACCAGGAGUGGAGAGGGUGCCGGGACAGUAUAACUGCGCAAGCGGAGCAGGUGUGAUGGUUCUAAAGGGGAACGCAGACAUACCGACAUGGUGGAACAGAGCCUUCCAAAUAGUUGUUGAAAGCGGAGAGUACAAGAGAAUAUGUGAUUCUGUUGCUAUUAAAUAUGGAGGUUAUCCAGUGAGAUGUUUUGACUUCCAAACUAAUGUGAUAGGAUAAACAAUACUAAGACCAAACUUCAAAGUGGUUCUCAAUGAAU